AUGAAGGCUUCUAGUAGGGCCAUUAAGUUAGUGCUGGACCAUUUGAAGUCCACAGGGAGAGUGCUCGGUUCUGUAGAGUCGGUAAGUUCUACCGCAGUAAGUGAGAAAACAGCAUCUGUUAAUGGCCGGCAGCAGUUGCAAGGAAAGAAAUCUUUAGUCUUACAAUACAGAAGUUACAAUCCAUAUUUGGUCAAGGAAGAUUUUCUGUCAGUUUUGCCUGAGAAUUUGUAUAAAAGCAGGGGUCAAUUUACCAAUGAGUUUGACUUUCAGUUAAUGAAAGUCAGGGACCCUAAAUAUUUCCAGUUCAAGGAUCAGUACUACUUGUUGUUUAAUGAUUAUAAUUCUCUUACCGAGUAUGCCAAGUUAACAAAACACUCACGAAUAAACAAGGUCAGGGUGAGAAUGAUGCCAUUGGCGCAACCCUUGCCCACCUUGUUAGCAAAAUUUCAAAGAUAUUCAAAGAACCUACAUAACGCAUUUCAGUCGCCUGAACAAUAUUUUGAGGGACUAAACGAAAAAAUUGAUGUUAGUGAAGAAUUCGACGCUGGUCGACUGCGGAGUAUCCUUGAUUCGGUUCGAGAAAUAGAAAAUAAAUCAGUAUUAGUCUGGAAUUUACCCACUGAAUUACGAUCGUAUGAUAUAUUGAACUUCUUUUGGUUCUACAAUAUAAGAUCCAGCUUCAAAAUAUACUGGGACGAUGAAAUGAAAAGAAAUUUACGAUUUAUAUCUUUCGAAAACUCUCAUGAUGCGUACCGCUUUAAAAGAAACUAUCAUGGACUAUUGGCUAAAGAGCUAUUGUUCAUGCCGAAAAAGGAAGAUGCAGUUGAGAAUUCGCUCAAAAUCGGCUCUGAAAUUGACGAUUCCAAAGUAUUAAUUGAACAUCUAAGCGAAUGA